CCGUCAAGCCAAAAUCUUAGCAGUGUAAAAGAUGUUUCAAAUCUAAGCCGACACCAACCAACCGCUGUCUUCUUCAACACUAAGCGAAGCCAAAUCCCAACUCCCUCUCUGAAUCUGAACAUCUAGAUUCAGCUCUCCUCUACUACAACCGGAAUUAGGAAUCCCAACCCUAAUCCCCCCCAAUGAAAAGGACCCACCUUCAAUUCCUUCCCUGUUUCAAUCGCAAAUGGCUAACGCCGUUCCUCCUCAUCUCAACGAUCUCUCUCAUUUCCCUUCUCAUCGCCAUGAACCCAUCUUCCCGCAGUAAUUCCCAUCCUCCCCAUUCGAAAUCGGACUCGAUUUCCGGGGCUCCGGCGCCGGAGCCCCCCAGAUUCGCCUACUUCCUGUCGGGAACAAGGGGCGACGCGCCGCGGCUGAGGCGGCUGCUUCAGGCGGCGUACCAUCCGAGGAACAGCUAUCUACUGCACCUCGAUCUCGAGGCCUCCGACGCCGAGCGUCUGGAGCUGGCCAAGCAUGUGAAGUCGUGGGCGGCGGUGCGGCAGUUCGGGAAUGUGAUGGUGGUUGGGAAUGCGAAUCUAGUGACGUACAAGGGGCCGACGGUGGUGGCGUCGAUGCUCCACGCGGUGGCGAUACUGUUGAAGCAGGCGGAGUGGGAUUGGUUUAUAAAUCUCAGCGCCUCCGACUAUCCUCUCCUCCCCCAAGAUGAGGGGAUGAUGUGGUCAUCUUUGAGCUGCGUCCCGCACAAGGUAUUAUCGGUUGUCUCAGAAGCACAUGGACUUGGCCUGUCUGGGUUUGUCCUGGACAUAAGGGACAAUUCCACUUCGAUGCGAGUUAAGGAUCUCCUCCACAUAUUCUCAUACUUGCCUAGGGAUCUGAACUUCCUUGAGCACACGAGUAAUAUUGGCUGGAAAGAAUUCCAGAGAGCGAGACCUAUCAUUAUAGAUCCCGGGUUGUAUCAUUCAAAGAAAUCGGGUGUAUUUUGGGCCAAAGAGAAAAGAUCUUUGCCUUCAUCGUUUAAGUUAUUCAUGGGGUCCGAUUGGAUGGUGCUGACGAGAUCGUUUCUCGAGUUCUCGAUCUGGGGGUGGGAUAAUCUCCCCCGCACACUCCUCCUGUACUAUGCGAAUGUCCUGUCAUCGACUGAGGGCUACUUCCAUACCGUGAUCUGCAACAACAAAGACUAUCAGAACACCACAGUGAACCAUGAUUUGCACUACAUAAGAUGGGAUAAUCCUCCCAAGCAGCAGCCUAUGAAUCUGACGUUGGAGCAUUUCGAUGACAUGGUCCAGAGCGGCGCCCCUUUCGCUCGUAACUUCGCCCGGGAUGACCCGGUGCUCGACAAAAUCGACAAGGAACUUUUAAGGAGAUCGGACGCCCGAUUUACACCGGGGGGCUGGUGUGUGGGGGACUCUAGAGUUCUGGACAAGGAUCCUUGCCUAGUUCAUGGAAGCCCACAUGCAGUUAAACCAUCUUUGGGUUCAAGAAGGCUUGAGAAACUGGUCUUGAAGCUUCUUCACUCCGAUAAUUUCAGGACAAAACAGUGUAAGUAAUGCUGUGAUCCUACAUUUUUUGCCACCAAUAUCCCUUGUUGCAUUCUCACCUGAUAUGCCUUGUACAGAAACAAACCACAGUGGAAUAUUUCUGGUUUUUCUUUUUUGGGUCCUUUUUCAGUCUUAAGGGCGAUGAGAAUGGACUGGGUUAUCAUGGAUAUAUUAGAUUAUCAGAUGCACAUCUAUCAUUGAGGUGUGCUGUUUCAAACA